AACAAGGGUGACAACUUGCUGGCAUGCUACCCCACCCACGAAGGACCUAUAAAAGACGGACAGCACUGCUAGGCAGACUCAGACGUAUGUUUGUGUCUGUCUCUGCCUCUGCACAGGUUCUGACCAGUUCUUGGCUCUUGAUUAGUGUUUUCAUAAGUCACCAACAAGGAUAAAAAACUUCACCAGGAGUCACCUUGCACCUCACCGAAGACACCAUGAAAGCUGUUGCAGCCUUGUUGCUCCUGCUGAGUUGCUUAUCUAACUGUCAUGGAUGGACCUGCACAGCCCCCCCACAGCAGCCUUCUGCUGCACAGAUUGAUGCUGGACAAGGACAAGUGGUGAUGACAGACAGCUCAUCAAACGCGUAUUUCUUGAGUGGAUCAGGUUGGUCCAAACUGGGCACUGUUCCUCUCAUUCAUGUCACAGCCGGACCUGCAGGAAUCUGGGGAGUCGACUCGUCAAAUAACAUCUACAAGUUUGUAGGAGGAGACUUUGUUUCUGUUGAUGGUUUAUUACAGCAGGUGGAUGCUGGAGGUAAUGAACAGAUAGUGGGAGUGAACAGUGCAGACAACAUCUUUUGCCUUAAAAGUAGCAUCACCUUGGCCUAUCCACAACCUGGUCCAGUGGCCUGGACACCGUUUGACGGGUCGUUGACGUAUUUCAGCUGUGGACCAAAUGGAUGCUGGGGAGUGAACUCCGCUGAUAACAUCUAUGUCUCUAACGUGAAUCCAUCUACCUGUAGUAAGACUAGAUGGACACAGGUGCCAGGAUCAGCAACACUGGCUGAAGUUGGAACUGAUGGGAGUGUCUUUGUGGUCAAUUCAAAUGGUGACGUCUUCCAAAGAACUGGCAUCACCAGCAGUCUUCCACAAGGAAGAGAUUGGGUUCAGAUACCGUUUUGUCUGCCCGUCAAACACGUCAGCUAUGACCUGGGACACCUGUGGGUUGUGUUUGAGAUUGGUUUGAUCCUGGAUUGUCAGCAGUAACAUGUUAGCUGUCCUCACUAAAGUCUUUUCUUCAGUAGUGGCCUUUAUAUGAAAAUAAAACCCAUUAUCUUCUUGGUGUUUUCGUAGCUUGACCUCUACCUUUUCUUUUUAUUCUAACAGUGGUAAGAAUUAUGGUGGUGAAAUAAAUGGUUGUUUUAAACGAUUAAUUAAAAUGUGACCCAAAAACCC